AAAUUAGCUAAAAUUUAGCUGUGUUUGUUUGCUUAAGGUGAAUUAGGUGAAGAGCGGGAGGGGAGAUGGCUUUUCUUUGUCCCGUGCGCAUGCGGCGCGAUAAAAAGAAAGCCACAAGUGCCAGCAUAGAGAGGGAUUUGCCAGCUGUGGGUGGAUUAGGAAUGGGUCGUAUAACUGGCUCCUCCAGCAUUGAAACGUUGGUGAGAGUGGGCAUCGAAAAAGAACACGGUCUAAGUCCUGAUUCCAAAAUGAUAGUGCUACACGACUUCACGCCUUGCGUAGAUGAUGAACUAGAGGUAAAACGUGGCCAGCUGGUUAACAUUCUAUACAGGGAAAACGACUGGGUCUACGUAAUUGGUCAGGACUCUCGACAGGAGGGCUUUAUACCCUUCUCCUAUUGUGCUCCUUGCAACACACAGUUGGCGGACCUCGCUAUCAAAAAGAAACUGCCAAGAGAACAGUGCCCCGAACAACCGUUAGAAGAGAAUCUUCCACUCCUGGGUACGGACAACAAAUUGGAUGUGCUCUGCGAUGAGACAUUGAAUCCAGGGUCUGCAAACAGCAUGGAAAAUAUAUUGCUUGUGGAACCAGAGUGCACUCCUUUCGUUAAGGAACCCUCCGGACGCUGCAUCGUAUUGUACACUUUCAUAGCCCGAGAUGAAAAUGAUUUGUCCGUGGAACGAGGCGAAUUUGUGACCGUGCUGAACCGUGAGGAUCCUGACUGGUUUUGGAUCAUGCGAAGCGAUGGACAGGAAGGAUUCGUGCCGGCCAGCUUUAUCUAUCCAGCAGACAGUGUGCGAGUUUUACAGCAGCAGAAAGCCACACUUAAUGCCAUGGAAACCAUCCUGCAGCAGGGUCAACAAGGUCAGCAAACGCAACAACAGCAGCCACAACUGGGAUUGGGAACGGAUGAUCUGCGAUACCAUGGCACAGAGCUGGUGAUGCUGUAUGAUUACAAGGCGCAGGCUCCUGACGAUUUAUAUCUUUCCGUCCGGCGAGGAGAUUGGAUUUACGCCGAUCUGAACAAUCAGACCGUUGAUGGCUGGCUUUGGGCUUACGCUCCUAAAACCAGAAAAUAUGGAUUCAUUCCUAAAGCCUAUGCCAGGCCGCCUGCCAUGACAAGUCUCUGAGAGUUCUUUCGUUUUAAAUAUAAUUACUACUUUAACGGAUAAGCAUAUUAUUUAUAGACCACCCAGCAUCUGUUAGAUUUUGAUCCACCGAACGACACCUUGUGCCUUAAAUGAAGUAACCCUAAAUGUAUAAUUGCAUUUUGAAAUUAAUAUUUCAUUCAACCUUUCAUUGAGUAAUAAAUUGUGCCUUACAUUUAUUUGUAUGUGAGCUUGCAUAACAUCGUAUACACUUAAAUUAAUUAACUCAUUCUUAACUGUAAAUUGCCCAUAAACGAUUAUCAAAAAUAA